CAUCUUUUUCCAGUGGCGAAGCAAGCAUAUAUACCAUCAACAUCAUGAAAUGAGCUUUAAAGAAAUUAGCGAACAAAGAAUACUGCUGAGGAGACGGUGAGUGAACUACUGAUUCCUGGAAAACGAACACAUUUGUGGCAACUUUUCUGCAAUUUUAGCAUUUCUUCAUUCAUACAUCUUCCAGCAAAGCAAAGUUGUGCCGCCCAAAGAAUCAUUCUUUAUCCCCCAAACAGAAACACUUGUAUUCCAUCACCCUCACUUGUCCUUCACUCGAACAAUCUUCAAAUCUAACCAACCUCUACAUGUAUAAAAGCCCACCCUUUAUCGUACCACCUUCUGGUCUUCGGAAUUUGGAUUGAAAUUGGUACAAUAAAGCCGUCGUCAGGAGUGAAGAGGGUGGGUCAUGGGAACAAGCAGAGGUUACUUGAGAUUACGAGCUGGCUUGCUUCUCCUUUAUCUGACUCUAGCAGCUAUUUCCCCCUCUCAUUGUGACGCAGAAAAAUCAAUAAUGCGUAAACGCAAGAGUUCAAGCAACAAGCAUUCUAAGAAAUUGAAAGCCAUUAAGCAUUUUAGUCUCGAUCCAUCCACAGAUUCAUCAAAUGUAUUACCCUAUAGCCUUAGCUCACCGUUUUCUCUGCCUCCAUACGAAUCUCUCGCGCCAAUUCCAUCGCCGGAUAAUGGCACGCCUCCGUUCUGUGUGUAUCCUCCAAAUCCUCCUUCUACGGGUGUUCCCAGCCCAACUCUUCCGGACCAAGGCCCACCUCAAAGCCCAUCUGGAUCCUUGCCCACACCAUCGCCUCCUUAUUCUUACUCUUCACCACUUCCUCCAAUUCAAAGCCCACCUCCAGGUCCACCUGAAAUUGUUCCAAGCCCACCUACCACUAUCCCAGGUUCCCCAGAGCCAGUGAUAAACCCGCCCAUAAUUUAUCCAGGCCCACCAGGGAUGAGCCCACCAUAUCCAAUACCCUCCCCUGGCGGUGGAGGCAUCGUCCCUAGCCCACCAAGUUCUUUCCCCUCCCCUACCGGCGGCGGUGUCCCCACCCCACCGAGUGCUUUUCCGUCCCCUCCUGGUGGCGGUUUCCCCAGCCCGCCAAGUACUUUUCCGUCCCCUCCUGGUGGUGGUUUCCCCACCCCGCCAAGUUCUUUCCCGUCCCCCGGAGGUGGCGGCGUUCCUAGCCCAACAGUAUUUCAACCACCAGUAAUCUAUCCACCACCGUUUGUGCCGCCGCCGCCCUAUGUUGCCCCAGUUGCCGCCUUGUGGUGUGUGGCUAAGCCCUCAGUUCCCGACCCGAUCAUGCAAGAGGCAAUGAACUAUGCGUGUUGGUCCGGAGCGGAUUGUGGACCAAUACAGCCCAAUGGGCCAUGCUUCUUACCCGAUUCUGUAUAUGCGCAUGCAUCAUACGCUUUCAAUAGCUACUGGCAAGCAAGCAAGGCUAGUGGUGCAUCAUGCGACUUUGGAGGGAUAGCCAUGCUAGUUGCAGUUGAUCCUAGCUAUGAUGGAUGCCGCUUUGUGUAUGAUUGAUUUGAUAGAGCACAAGAGGGACCACGUUUGGAU